UAUAAAUUAUCAUACAUUGGAGUCCAUUUAUUUCCAAAAAUCUGCAAAACAAUCUAACAAAGGAAAUGGAAAGCAUGAAUCAGAAGGGCAAAAAUGUCCAAAAGAAAAAGGGUGGCAUUGUCACUAUGCCCUUCAUCUUUGCAAAUGAAAUAUGUGAGAAAUUAGCAGUGGUUGGUUUCAGUACGAACAUGAUAAGCUACUUAACAACUCAGCUCCACCUCCCACUCACUAAGGCGGCCAAUACCCUAACCAACUUCGGCGGCACCGCCGCCAUGACACCGUUGCUCGGCGCUUUCAUCGCCGACGCCUUCGCCGGCAGGUUUUGGACCAUCACCGCCGCUUCAAUUAUAUACCAAAUUGGAAUGAUAAGUUUAACGAUAUCUGCUGUCGUGCCAAAGCUACGGCCACCCACGUGCGACGGGAAAACCCGCACGUGCGAGGAAGCCGACUCCGGGCAGCUUGCUGUGCUGUACGUUUCUCUUUUGCUGACGGCGUUGGGCUCCGGCGGGAUCCGGCCGUGCGUGGUGUCGUUCGGGGCGGACCAAUUUGACGAAAAUGACCCCGAGCAGAAGACCGCCACGUGGAAGUUCUUCAACUGGUACUACUUCUGCAUGGGGGCGUCGAUUCUGGUGGCGAACACGGUGAUUGUGUACGUGCAGGACAACGUUGGGUGGGGUUGGGGGCUCGGGAUUCCGGCGAUUGCCAUGGCUUUGUCGGUGGUGGCGUUCGUCUUCGGCUACCCUCUGUACAGGGUGGUGGACCCCGCCGGCAGCCCGUUCACGAGGCUGGUCCAGGUGGCUGCGGCGGCGUGGAGGAAGAGGAAGGUGGCGGGUUGUGAUGGUGGCGGCGCGUUGUUGUACGAGAAUGAGAGUAUUGACGCGCCCAUCUCUGUCGGUGGGAAACUUGUCCACACGGAUAGUAUGAAGUUCUUGGACAAGGCCGCCAUAGUAACAGACAAGGACAACCCCAAAUCCCCCAACCCAUGGCAGUUGAGCACAGUCCACCGUGUCGAAGAACUGAAAACCCUUAUCCGAAUGGGCCCCAUCUGGGCCGCCGGAAUCCUCCUCAUCACCGCUGCCGCCCAGCAGAACACCUUCUCCCUCCAGCAAGCCAAGUCCAUGAACCGCCACCUCACCGGAAACUUCCAAAUCCCACCGGCAUCGAUGUCCGUCUUCACCCAAACAUCAAUGCUCUCCACCAUACUCCUCUACGACCGCAUCUUCGUCCCGAUCGCACGUAAAUUCACUGGCCUCGACCGCGGCAUAUCCUUCCUCACUAGAAUCGGGAUCGGAUUUGUAAUCUCUCUCCUCGCCACCCUGGCGGCAGGUUUCAUUGAGCUCCGGCGGAAGAGCUCUGCCGGGGCCCACGGGUUACUCGACCGGCCCCACGAGACUAUUCCUAUCUCGGUUUUCUGGCUGGCCCCACAGUACUGUCUGCAUGGAGUGGCGGAGGCUUUUAUGUCGAUUGGGCAUCUCGAGUUUUUCUACGAUCAGGCGCCGGAGAGUAUGAGGAGCACUGCUCCGGCGUUGUUCUGGCUUUCCAUUUCCGCCGGAAGUUACACGAGCACACUUUUGAUUACGCUCGUGCAUAAGUACAGUGCUGGGCCCGGCGGAUCGAAUUGGCUGCCGGAUGAUAAUCUCAAUAGAGGGAAAUUGGAGUAUUUGUAUUGGUUGAUAACUUUGCUGCAGUUUUUGAAUUUGAUUUAUUACGUAAUUUGCGCGAAAUUCUAUACAUUUAAGCCGGUUCAGAUCCGUGAAUCGGAUGACGGAAGGCAGAAGGAAGAUGGGGUCGAGCUGACGGGGCAUGUUUAAAGGGAACUAUUCAGUCCUUAUUGUACCUAUGUAUUUUGUCUAGAAAGAAAGUUUAUUUCAUUGCUACUGAUAAUUUAUUUAAAUGCUAAAAAAACAAUAUUGAAAAUU